UUGACGAGCGUUACCUCACUCAAUUUCUGCGUUCUCCAAACCCUAAGCAAUUUCUAUAUGCUCAAAAGUAUCCAUUUUUCAUGACCUACGAAUGAAAUUCAAGCUCUUUCUAAUCCUCUUAAUUCGAUCAAAUUUUCGUAAAUGCCUUUUUUGAUCCUGUUUUCUACAUCGAAAAAUCCUUUUUGUGUGACCUGUUCGGAAUUCCGUCGAUGGGUUCGGGAAAUCAUGUUGUUGUCGAUGUUAGUUCAGACGAUGAGGUCGACUCACGGGUAGACAUAAGCUACUUUGAUUGGCUAAAUCAGGUUAUGGAAGCCGUCGAUGAGAAAUCGGACAGUACCGAUGUAGUCGAGGUUAUUUCUGAGGUGAAAGGCGGCAUAGAUUCGCAGUAUCGGAAGCCAAUUCCUGAGGAAGAAGACGACGAUUGUGUGAUUUUAGACGGUGAUCCCGAUAAGACGGCCAAGUCUUCUGCUGUCGAAGAAGACGAUGAUAAAUUAGCGAAGAAUGAUGAUGAUGAUGAUGAUGAUGAUGAUGUGCUUGUAGUGGGGCAAAAGGGUGAGAUAGCAUGUAGAGAUUUCCCUCAUCCCAGACAUUCCUGUGCCAAGUACUCAUUUAACUCAACAUCACACGAGAAAUACUGCGACAUGUGUCACUGUUAUGUGUGUGACAUUCGUGCUCCAUGUCCAUACUGGUGUAUCGGUGACUCCACCAUUGAUCAUUGCCAUGCUAAUGAUAAAGAGAAGAUAUGGAAGAAUCAACGCGAAUACUUCAGGACUGGAAUUAUGCCCACCCAACCAUCUUCAAAACCUUCUACUACGCCUCUCCUUCCAGCUUCUGCGACAGUGACCCGCCAGUUUUCACGGUCUCCUACUCAAAAUAUCAUAAGGUUAUCCCAGAACGUCUUGCCUCGAAAACAGGUUGGGAUCCGGGCUUGCUCAUCAUCUACUCGUGUUGCUAGCCUCUCAAACGUCAGAGCCAGGUCUAGAACCAAGCAACACAAUGCCAAUCAUGUGUUGCAGAAUCGACCCGUGCACAGUGUUCGCAACAACAUCAUCCAAAAGGAUAGAAGUUCUUCUUAUAUGGGUAACCUAAGGUCUCGAGUGGCCUCUUCAGGAACUCGGUAUGGUGCAACAAAUGGUAACAACAUCAAGGUGGGUCUCUGUACUAAUGCUCAAGUUUCACAAUCCACCCACCAUGGCUCUUCUGUUGCGGCACCGACGAUAAACCAAGAAACGAACACUCAACAACAACGUAAUUGUCAGCUCAAUGUUACUGAUUAUUACGCAGCGGUGACGGUGACGACGACGGGGUCUCAGAGCAAUGUGUACACCAGACAUUCAGGCCAGAACAAAAGUGUCGGUGGGAAUUGUCAGUUUCAGACAAAUGCACAACCGUUUGCUCUACCUGAAACUCGUGGGGAUGCGCAAGCACAGACGGUUCAACAACCACCCGGAGCUAAUGAAAACGUCUUGCAGACCAAACUGUCGGAAUUUGAGAGCUGGCUUAUGGACGGCUCUAACCAAACCGGCCUGGUUAGCCCGUUGCCUGAACCGGCAGGUGAAGACUAUGUCAGUCCGUUGACAUUCGAUUUCGAAACCUUCUUGAAUGAUUGAAACAUCGCUGUAGUUUUUUUAUUAAGUCAACUUUCCUCACUGAUUGUAUGAAUUGUAGAGUGAGUGAGUUUUAGAUGCUUGAAUUGCGAUUGUGUAUAUCAUUUAUUAGCUGUUAUUACUC